AUGAACGUUGGACCACCACCAUCCUACAAUACCCAAGAUCCUUAUCGACAAGAACCAUCAAACAUGUCACAACCAGUAUAUGUGGGAUCGACAGUAAUUAUUGUAGGUGAAUAUCCAAUACAAUGUACAUGUCCUUACUGUGGAAAACAGAUUGUUACACGGACACAAAAGAAGCCUAGUAUUCUAGCUUGGAUUAUAUGUGCCGUUCUUUUCUUUACAUUUCUAUGGCCUUGUUGUUGGAUGCCAUUUUGUGUUGAUGUUUGCAAGGAUACCGAACAUUAUUGUCCGAAUUGUGGUACACUUCUUGGUGUCAAGAAACAAAUAUAA